UUAUGUAAGUCAGUGAGGGUUGUCCGCAGUUAACAAAGCGAUUCAAGGAAUAGUUUUCAGCUGUGCAUGCUUCAAUGAGGGUCACAUUUCCAACUGGUUAAUAUAUUUAUUUACUUAUCAUUUGGGGAUUUUAAUUUCAGUUAGAUGCCCGCGGGACAAAAGGGAUUGUUCAAAUGGUGAUGUUAAAAGAGGAGGAUCACUUCUGGAUUGACUCCAGUAUUGGGGUCCCUAUUGGAGGGUAUGUGAAGGUCUCAGCCAGUGGACAGUGUUGCCUGAUUGAUGAUGAAGGGAAGGAGCACCGUAUCCCGGAGGGGGAGAAGGCCAGUCUGAAGCCUAUGGACCCCAGCUCAGUGGAGGGUGUGGACGACAUGAUCCGACUGGGGGACCUCAGCGAAGCCGGUUUACUCCGAAACCUGCUGGUGCGCCACAAACAGGGCAGUAUAUAUACCUAUAUUGGCUCUGUGCUGGUGGCCAUCAAUCCCUAUCAGAUGCUGCCCAUCUACACGGCGGAGCAGGUGGAGCUGUAUCACGGGCGUAAGCUGGGCGAGCUCCCACCGCACAUCUUUGCUAUCGCUGACAGUUGUUACUACAACAUGCGGCGCAAGAAUCGCAACCAGUGCUGCAUUAUCAGUGGAGAAUCUGGUGCAGGAAAGACAGAAAGCACUAAACUGAUUCUUCAGUUCCUGGCGGCUGUUAGCGGGCAGCAGUCCUGGAUAGAGCAGCAGAUCAUCCAGGCCAACCCUGUCCUGGAGGCCUUUGGGAACGCCAAAACCAUUCGGAAUGAUAACUCCAGCCGCUUUGGGAAAUACGUGGAGGUCUUCUUCAAUAAAGAAGGCGUUAUAGAGGGAGCUCACAUGGAGCAGUACCUGCUGGAGAAGUCUCGUGUCUGUCAUCAGGCACCUCAGGAAAGGAACUACCACAUUUUUUAUUGUAUGUUAUCUGGGAUGCCAAGUGACCAUAAGAAGACUCUCUCUCUUGGUGAUGCAUCACAGUUCAAGUACCUGACCGAGGGUGAUUGUUUGACUUGUGAUGGACGGGACGAUACUGAUGAGUUCGGACGGAUUCGUUCUGCUCUAAAGAUCCUCACUUUCUCAGACAGGGACUGCUGGGAAAUCUUCAAAUUACUCGCUGCCAUUCUCCACAUGGGCAAUAUUGACUUUCAGAGCACUAUGAUGAAUAACAUGGACAGCUGUGACAUCAUGUCAUCCAAUAAUUUCUCUGCCACUACCAAGUUGCUGGAGGUGGAUGAAGCUGAUCUUGAGAAUAGUCUUACUCGUCGUUCCUUCAUUACAAACAGAGAGAUAGUCAUGAAAUCCCUCAGCUCAGAGCAGGCCACACACACCAGAGAUGCUUUUGCAAAGGCCAUGUACGGAAGGCUGUUUGUCUGGAUGUUCACAAAAAUAAACAGCGCCAUUCACAAACCCCAGACUGACGAGCCAACUUACACACGCAAGUCCAUUGGUCUGCUUGACAUUUUUGGCUUUGAGAAUUUCCAUCAGAACAGUUUUGAACAGCUGUGCAUUAAUUACGCCAAUGAGCACCUGCAGCAGUUCUUUGUGAGUCACAUCUUCAAGCUGGAGCAGGAAGAGUACAGUAAAGAAGCAAUCUCAUGGAAGCACAUUGCUUUCAAUGACAACCAGAAAACCCUGGACCUGCUGGCCAUUAAACCUGUCAACAUACUGGCUCUGAUUGAUGAGGAGAGCACCUUUCCUAAAGGAACAGAUGCCACAAUGUUGAACAAAAUGAACAAAGAACAUAAAGGAAACGAACUGUACAUGUCAUCCAAGAGCAACCAUGGCAUGCAAUUUGGGGUUAAGCACUUUGCUGGGAUUGUUUAUUACGACUGUGAAGGAUUUUUGGAGAAGAACAGAGACUCCCUGAGCAUGGACAUCAUGGAGCUGGUUCAGAAAUCUUCCAACAAGUUGCUCAAACAGAUCUUUGAAAUAGAGACAAAAACAAGCACCGUCAAGAACAAUAACAAAAUCAACAAAAUGCUCAUGACGCCAAAGAACUCACUACGACAAGUAAAUGAUUUGAAGCGGCAGAUAUCUACUCUGAGUGGCCAGUUUCGUCGCUCCCUGGAUUCUCUGAUGAAGGCCCUGUCUCUCUGUCAGCCCUUCUUCAUACGGUGCUUCAAACCAAACGACAAAAAGAUGCCCAUGGAUUUUAAUAGAGAGCUCUGCAUGCAGCAGCUUCGCUACUCUGGAAUGCUGGAAACCAUUAAAAUACGCAAGUUGGGAUAUCCCAUUCGGCACACCUUCAAAGACUUCCUGCAGUGCUACCGUGUGUUCCUGAAGACAGUGAACUGUGACCCAAACACUGAACCUGCUGCAAAAUGCUGUGCAGCCAUCUGCAGGGCUAUGAUCAGAAACGAAGAGGACUGGAAGAUUGGCAAAACCAAAGUCUUUCUCAGGGAUCAUCAUGACUCCUUCCUAGAACUGGAGAGAGAGCAAGAGCUUUACAGGAAGGCACUUAUCAUCCAAAGAGUAAUGCUUGCCCAUAAAGACAGAGCAAAGUUUGUAAAGCAGAAGAGGGCAGUUCUGGUUUUGCAGAAAAACUGGCGUGGCCACAGAGACAGAAGAGACUUUUGCAAACUCAAUCAAGGAUUUGCUCGGCUGCAGGCAAAAGUGCGCAGUCGGCAGCUCCGUAAAGAGUACAUGCGCAGACGGGUUGCAGCCGUCACUCUGCAAACACAGACCCGCGGCUACCUCGCAAGGAAAGACCUGAAACACAAAAAAGAUGCAGUGAUACUGUUACAGGCACAGACCAGAGGACUGCUGGCCAGAAAGACCUUCAAGAGAAUGAAAACAGAUGCAUUUUCGACUGCACAAGAAAAAGAGGCUCAGGAACGUACAGCACUGGAGCCUCAGCAACGCAUAGAGGAGAUGCACAGAAAAAACGAGGAAGCUGCCAAUUCCCAGGAUAAGACUGAUGAGGAAAUGGUGGAGAAUAUCUUUGACUUCCUUCCAAGUGCAAAAGUAGGACAAGAGGGCCCGGCUCUUGAGGGAUUCGAGGAUUUGGAGCCUGAGCCGAUGAAGUUUGAAGAGUUUGAAUUCGUAGACAGCCCUGUAAUGGAGAGGAAGGUCAUGUCAUUACCAGACAGCAGUGAAGACAAUCGAGAUGAAGAGGAUGAGGACGAGAAGGAAAAGGAAAUGCAAAUGCAGAAUGAGAAGGAAAAGAUGAAUGAAAUGGAGGAGGAGGAGGAAGAGGAGGAGGAGGAGGAGAAGGAGAAGGAGAAGGAGGAGGAGGAGGAGGAGGAGGAGGAGGAGGAGGAGGAGGAGGAAGAGAACGAUGAGUUCACUUUCUCUAAAUUUGCUUCUUUACACUUCCAAGGAUCAUCUACUCACUCACAUAUCCAAGAGAGAUUACGACAACCCCUGCUCUACCAUGAAGAUGAAGGGGAUGCCCUGGCUUGUUUGACAGUAUGGUGGAUCAUACUGAGAUUUAUGGGAGAUCUUCCAGAGCCGAAGCAAGAACGUGUUUCUGCUAUAGCUGACCCCAUUCAGACGAACCUUGGACAGAGACAAGCACGGCGACUCAGUAACCUUGUUGGAUUAGAUCAGAAAUUUUUGCGGAAAAAAAUGAAGCAACCGAAGGGGAAAUGGAAGAGAAAACCCUCAGCCAUUCCUGAAGAAGAGCCAGAAGAAGAGCCACAACCUAAAAUGCAGACUGUUCAGGAGGAAGAGGAUGUAUUGUUCGGAGAGAGAGCAACUUAUGAUCGUCCAAUGACACCACUGGAGAAAUUGCAUAUUAUUGCCGGAUAUGCUAUUGUACGACGAGAUACAAGAGAUGAGAUCUACUGUCAGAUCCUUAAGCAGUUAACAGCCAAUAAGAACCCCGAAAGUACAAACAGAGGCUGGAUUCUUUUGUCCAUCUGCCUGGGUAUCUUCCCCCCUACAGAUAGCCUCAGAAAGUUCCUGCAGAGCUUCAUACGCUACGGCCCAAGUGAGUACUCCUCCUACUGUUCAGAGCGACUGCGAAGGACUUUAGCAAAUGGAGAAAGAAGUGAGCCACCAUGCUGGGUUGAACUACAGUCUGUAGAGAACAAGAAGCCCAUUACAGUAGCAGUGAGUCUGAUGGACGGGAGAAGCAUCACCCUCACUGUGGAUUCAGCCACAACUUCUGCAGAGGUGUGCAAAUCGAUUAUCCAGAAGAUAAACCUGCAGGACACUUACGGCUUCUCCCUGUAUGUUGAAAUGUAUGAGAAGAUUUGGUCUCUUGGCAGCGGCAGUCAGCACCUCUUGGACACCGUGUCUAUUUGUGAGCAGGAUGAAAAGAGACAGGGGAGAGAGGAACAACAUGCUCCUUGGCGUCUCCACUUCCGCAAAGAGAUCUUCGCUCCAUGGCAUGACUGUUCUGACCAAGUCAGCACAGAGCUCAUCUAUAGGCAGAUCAUCCACGGACUCAAAAGUGGUGAUUAUCAGUCUGAUAAGGAGGAUGAUUAUGUGCAGCUCGCAGCCAAACAUUACUAUGUACAGCAUGGGUCUGAAAGCAGUAUGGAAACUGCAGAAAAGAUUGUUCGUGAAUGCAUAAACUUGACUUUAAUUGAGAGCAUGUCUAUGUCCAAGUUAACUCAGAUGAUUCAUUCUGCACACACACAGGGCCCUUACAUAAACUCUUCUAAACCUGCCUAUGAAGUGAAAGCGGAGACUGUUGAAUAUGCACAGGAGAAGUGGACAAUCUAUUUCUCCAAGUUCUAUGAGGCUCAAAUUGUUUCAGGUCCCUCAGUGCCUCAAGACCAGUUCGUAGUUGUUGUGAACUGGAAGGGCAUCUUUUUUCAGGAUGUGACAGAAGCCGCAUUUCUACAGCUCUCUUAUCCUGAGGUGUCAAGUAUUGAGAUGAGUGAGGAAAAGUCUGAUGAGAUUGUGUGUUUGAUGACUCCAAAGGGGAUGUAUGAGCUGAAGGCUGUGAAGGGAAGAGAAUUAGUGGAGUUGGUCAACAUGUUCAUCUCAGGGCUUAUGAAGAGAUCAGUGUACGCUGUGGCAAUACAGGACCUUAUCAGACAAGAGGAUGCCACAUUGCUAAACUACAAAAGGGGGGAUGUACUGUUUAUCAUAAAGGAUGGGGUGUAUUCUUCUGAAGAAGGCUGGAUCCAAGCCAGGAAUGAGAGGACAAAUCAAACCGGAGAAGUUUCCUUAGAUGCCAUUCGGAUUUUGCCGAUGUUGACCAGGCCUACAGAAGAAACACUGAAUUUGUUGAAUUUAACCUCAGCGCGAAGAAAGUCAGUAAUGCCGGUCCUGCCGCAGAAGGAGGAGCUCAGCACAGAGAAAGUUGCCGUUGAGACGCUCAAGGAGUUCUCUUUUGAUUAUUUCAGGGAGUCAAAAGAAGGUGGCCGUGGCAAAGGAGGGGAAAAAGAGAAACUGUGGGCCAACAGCAAAGAGCUUCUAAAACAGCCGCUGCUCAGGAGCCUGCAGGGCAACUCAGACCUCUGCCACCUCGCUUGUGACUGCUUCACAGCUAUCCUUAAAUAUAUGGGAGAUUAUCCAGUCAAGCAUGUGCGAACACCCAUAGAUUUAACAAACCAGAUCUUUGGGCCAGCAACAGCACACAUGGAACUAAGAGAUGAGAUCUACUGCCAAAUAAUGAAGCAGAUGUCUAAUAACAGCCAUGGGUUGAGUAUGGAGCGAGGUUGGCAGCUGUUGUGGCUGUGUUGUGGUCUCUUUCCACCAAGUCAGUUGCUGAUGAAAUAUGCUCAACUUUUCCUGGAGUCCAGAUCCAGAGAGCCUCUGGCCUCCACCUGCCUGCAGAGGAUGCAAGCUAUGCUCAGUAUCGAGGCAAGGAAGUUGCCUCCUCACCAGGUGGAAGUAGACGCCAUUCAAAAUAACAGCAUGCAGAUCUUCCAUAAAGUUCACUUUCCCGACGAUACAUCUGAAUUAUUUGAGGUGACCAGCACCACGAGGAUAAAAGACUUGUGCCACAAAAUUGCCAGAGAACUCCGGCUCUCCUCAUCAGAUGGAUACACUCUGUUCGUUAAAACAUCCACAAAGGUAGUAAGUAUGGAUUCUAAAGAGUACUUUUUUGACAACCUCAGGCUCCUCACAGAUGUCGUCAAGAAAGGGAAAAAAAUCAAGGAGGCUAAUCCAGCUAUUGUCCAGUACCUGGUGCUCUUCAUGAGGAACCUCUGGUUUAAUGUGAUCCCAGGAAAAGACCUAACUGCUGACCUAACCUUCCACUUUCCCCAGGAAUUGCCGAAAUAUUUGCGGGGUUACCAUGAUGUGUCUAAAGAGGACAUGAUCAGUCUGGCAGGUCUGCUGCUCCGUAUUCAGAUUGAUACAGAUAAAUCCCAGUUUGUCAUGAUCCCUAGAAUGCUGAAAGAUCUGGUACCAGCUGAUCAGCUGAAGAGCAUGACUGCUGAUGACUGGAAAAAGCACAUUAUUAACGCGUACAACAGUCAGGCAGGCAUAACAGUAGAUGAAGCCAAACUCCAGUUCCUGAAGACGAUCUCAGAGUGGCCUACCUUCGGAUGUGUUUUCUUCGAAGUUAAGCAAACCUCAGAGAAGAGUUACCCCAGGGCUAUAACGCUAUCAGUCAGCAAGCAAGGAGUUAGUAUCAUCAACCUGAAGACAAAGGAGGUACUUGCGAUGCAUCUGUUCAGUAAGAUCACUUCCUGGUCUAGUGGAAAAAACAAUUUUCACUUGACCAUCGGCGGCCUAGUGCAGGGCAACACUCUGAUCUGUGAGACGUCUACGGGUUAUAGAAUAAGUGAUCUCCUGUCCUCUUACAAGGACAUGUAUCUGAAUGAGAUUCCAAAAGUGCGGAAAUCAUAGAGGAUCAACAAUUAGUUGGAUUGUUUCUUUUUUGUCACAUUUCUUUUUUUUUUUUUAGAUCUUUACCAUAAUAAUUAUACUAUGAAUUUGUUCAUGUAAUAUUGCAUAUUGCAGAAGUAAUUUAACAAGUUUAAUAAUUGCUGUCAGAAAUCCUUUUUAAGAUCACUUUUUUGCUUGUUGCUUCUUCUAUGUGCAUACAUAUUUCACAAAAAAUUUAUAGGCUUGAGUAUUUAUUUUUAUUUCAAUAGUCCGCAUCUCAUUGACUUUGCAUUGCAAUGUUACACAAGGUGGCAGUAUUUCUACAGUUUAAUUCUAAUCUAUCUAAUACUGCUUUGAUGGAACCAUGUUUAACAAUAAAAUGUAAAAAUCAA